AUGCCCAAGAGCGAGAUCGAGAUUGCCGACCUACCGCCGCUGCUGCAGGACAGCCGCUGGACCUUUUACCUGGACGACGUGCCCGAGCUCGACACACGCGGCGCGCUCUGCACCAACAAGUGGCUCGGCAGCCUCGGCCCGGGCGAAGUGUCGAUUGUCAACGUGCGGCCAGAUGGCUAUGUCGGGUCCAUUGGCCGGUGGGACUCGAGCAUCGACGAGUCAGGCGUGGAGGCAGCGCGGUGGCUCGACUCGUACUACGACCGGUUCAUGCAGUUGCCAAGUUGA